AUGCCUGAACUUGUCCAGAAUGGCACGUCUGCUAAGGCGAUGCCUCAGGUGGUAUAUGGCUUCAUCGGCCUUGGAAAUAUGGGAUUUGGCAUGGCCAAGAACCUGAGGGCAUCGAUGCCAAAAGCUUGCAAACUAUGGGUCUGCGAGUUGGACCCGAAAAGGAGGGACGAGUUCAUCUCGUCCGUGGACGGGUUGAUCGAGGCUGCAGACUCACCGAAAGAUGUUGCAAAGCAUUGCGACAUAAUAAUCACAAGUCUGCCCCAUGGCGAGGCCGUACGAAAAGUGUUCACGGAUCCAUCCACAGGGCUGUUAUCAAUUUCCAAGGAUUCUGACAAGCACAAAUUCUUCCUCGAAACAUCAACGAUUGAAGUCCGAACGUCAAACAAGGUUCUGGAAGAGGUGAAGAAGUCCGGAUUAGGCGAUUUCAUUGACUGCCCUGUUUCUGGGGGCAUACCGGCUGCUCAUCAAGGCAACUUAACCUUCAUGGUCGGCGGAACUAAGCAGCUCCUCGAGAAAGCAAAGCCUGUUCUUGCAUCCAUGGGGAAAGAAGAGAAUAUCAUCUUCUGUGGGCCUCCAGGUGCCGGGCUGGCCACAAAGCAAAUCAACAACUAUGUCGCGAAUGUCUCAUACAUCGCCCUGUGUGAAGGCAUGAAUACGGGGAUCAAAUACGGACUUGACCCGAAAGUGCUUGCGGAUGUGAUCAAUGUCUCGAGCGGCAUGUGCUGGAAUUCCCUACACAUGAAUCCGGUCAAAGGAGUGCAGGCUGGCUCGUCGGCAGCGCGCGACUUCGAGGGCGGCUUCAAGACCGAGUUGGCCAAAGGCGUGAUGGACAUGACCGUGCAACUGAUGGAUGAUGUCGGGGCGAAGCAUGUCAUGGGGAACGUGGUGACGGACGUCUACGCGAGGGCAGUAAAGCAUCCAAGAUGCGCAGACAAAGAAUGCAGAAGUAUUUACAGGCUCUUUGCAGAGAACGACGGAAAAGAUCUAGGAGACACCAAGAUUGUCUAG